AUGGACUCACUUCGCUCGCGCAUCAAAGGCUUGCUUGGACCUAUCAUCAUCCACUCGCGCCACCCUUCCGUCUUUCUCGACCCCGACAACGCUGACGCAUAUAGUUCCACGACUUCAAUCAAAGACAGCUAUGGACCCGCGCCAGAGAAUGUCCCGCUCUCAUCGUUCGACUCGCCGUGUCCUCGUCGGCCGUCGAAGCCUUCUGCUCUGUCUGAAUUCUGCAUGCCUGCUACUGUGACUGGAACGAUCAUCCAGAACGAUCUGUCAGUGAAAUCUACAUCCGCCAAGCAGCAGCGUAAAGUUCCGCUGUUCUCACUCCGUCGGUCGCACUCUGCUUCAGAACACAGCGCGACCGUCAAAGCAGACCACAAACCCACUCAAGCAACCGCACCUGGCCCCCGCCGCUCCAAAAGCUCAGUCUACCGUCCACUUACUCGCGAAACCACCACUCUCCCCAAGCGAUCCAAAACCACGCUUUGGACCGAGAACCGACUUGCUGCUGCUGCAGAUCGACAUGGCCAGCGCGGGGACCGGCAAGUUCCGCUCACGCACCAGCAACUGGCGACGCACGGACAUGACCCUGAGAUGCGACGGCGCGCCUCGACUUUUUCGGUUCGUGGGCGGGUGGAUAAAGCAAAGUCAUUGCAGCUGCCGCGAUCUAGCUCCGCGCCCGGGUCCCGAACUCCGUCGUUGGCGCAGCUCGCGAAGAGUUUGGACUGCGAGGAAGGGGAUAAGUCGUCGCCGUAUCUUGACGCGUCGAUUGCGCUACGGUCACUUAAUCAGACGCUAUCUAGCAGGGCGAAGGAGAAAAGCGCGGCUUCGUCAACCAGCCUUAUAUCAUUAUCCCUGUUCCGAGCAAAGCCAGACAAAGCGCGAGCCGACGCUGCUACGCGCGCGCGGCAGAGAUCGAACCGGUUCGGGCAUUGGCGACCCAAGACUCCAGUACUUCAGAGCAGGAAGACGGCUCACACCGUGCGCUCGUUUCAGUACACAGAGGUAGACCCGUACCUCAGUCGCGUGAAGCAGCUCCUGGACGCGUAUAGAGCACCGAGUAGACGGCAACGGCAGCCGCGGUAUGAGCAGCUAUUGGGGUGGAAGCGGUUGGAUGCCGUUCGGGAGCGGGAGCUCUGA